AUGUGUUCUCAUUCCCACAAGACCCUUUCGAGGUUCCUCACCAACUUCACCUCCUUCCCCUUGAACCCCCAACAUCUCCAACUCGCUCAUAACAUAACCCAAAACCUUCUCAACUCCACCCAUUUCAAACCCCACUCUGCGAUCCCCUGCAUCGCGCCUCACGUCACUUACCAUGUUCUCUCCGACCCCUCUCUCUCUCCUCGCUCCUGCUUAUCCUUCUUCCACUUCCUUAAAACACAAAACCCCAAAAAACCAGACCUUAAGGCCCACCUGAUCCUCCUCUAUAGACUCUUUUCAGCCCAAAAAUUUGCAUCAAUGAGAACCCUUUUGAAUUCCCUUGUCACUAACGUGGAAAUCAAACACCCUGUUGCGGGUCUUGUUUCUUUAGUUGAUGAAUGUGAAUGGGAAAGUAAAAGUGAAAUUGAGUCCAAUUUUGUUGAGAAACUGUGUGACAUGUUGUUCAGGGUGUGUGCUGAUAACAAGAUGUUUAGAGAGGCUAUUGGGGUGUUUGAAUAUGUAAUGGCAAAGGGUUUGGUGAUAGAUGGUAGGUCUUGCUUUGUGCUUUUGCUUGCCUUGAAGAGAUGUAAUGAUGUGGAGUUCUGUGUGAGGUUCUUUCGUCAGAUGGUGGAGUCUGGCCGCGUUAAUAUCGGGGUUCAGUCUUUGACUCUUGUGGUUGAUGUGCUGUCUAGGAGAGGGCAGGUCGAGAGGGCUAAGAAGUUGAUGGAGGAGAUGGCUGAGAAAGGCAUUGUGAGGCCGACGGUUUUUACUUAUAAUACAUUGUUGAAUGCUUGUGUCGUGAGGAAGGAUCGAAGGGGGGUGGAUGAGAUUCUGGGGUUGAUGGAGAGCGAGGGAGUGCAGCCUUGUUUGACGACGUAUACUAUUUUGAUUGAGGGAUAUGGGAAUUCUGGGAGAAUUGGGGAGGCUGAGAAGGUGUUUGAGGAAAUGCGUGAUAGGAAUGUGGAGAUGGAUGUCUAUGUCUACACGUCAAUGAUAAGUUGGAACUGUAGGGCGCGAAAUAUUAAAAGGGCCUUGGCUUUGUUUGAUGAGAUGAUUUGGAAAGGCAUUGCUCCAAAUACUCAUACUUUCGGUGCGAUGAUUAGCGGUGUUUGCAAGGUGGGGCAAAUGGAGGCUGCAGAAAUCUUAUUGGAUGAGAUGCAGAUUAAGGGGAUUGAUCUAAAUGUGGUGAUAUUUAACACGAUGAUGGAUGGGUAUUGUAAAAGAGGGAUGAUGGAUGAAGCUUUCAGACUUCAAGUUAUCAUGGAAAGAAAAGGGUUUGAAGCAGAUGUGUUUACAUACAGCACACUUGCUAGUGGGCUAUGUAAAUUGCAUAAGUAUGAAGAAGCCAAGAGAACACUAAAUUUGAUGGUGGAGAAAGGAGUGGCUCCGAACGUUGUGACUUGCGCUACUUUUAUUGAGAUAUAUUGUAAGGAAGGAAACUUUGCAGAAGCUGAGAGGUUCUUAGGGAAUAUGGAUAAAAAGGGUGUGGUGCCUAAUAUUGUUGCAUAUAAUACUCUAAUAGAUGCAUAUAGCAGGAAAGAAAAAGUAAAGCAAGCUCAUGUGUUAAAAUCUAAAAUGAUAGAGAAGGAGAUAAUGCCAGAUGUAUUUACAUACACAUCACUGAUACAUGGGGAAUGUAUAGUUGGCAAGGUAGAUGAGGCUCUGAAGCUUUUCAAUGAAAUGUUGGUAAAGGGCAUAAGAGGAAGCGUGAAGACAUAUACAGCAAUUAUUUGUGGUUUAUCCAAGGAGGGGAGAGCAGAUGAAGCUUUUAAGUUGUAUGACGAGAUGUUGAGAAUGGGUCUAACACCUGAUGAUAGAGUUUUUGCUGCACUUGUUGGCAGCCUUCAUAAACCCGGUUCUCAUGUUGCUGUCAAACAAAAUGAGUAUGGUGAACCAAAAAUAGACACGCCUGACACCUCCAGCUGGCCAAACAAUGGUUUGUCAAUUUCACAAGGGAAGGUGGCUCAUACAUGA